AUGAUCCCUUCUGAAGCCACCAACCCAGGUGCUGAGAUCUCCGUCAUUCCAGACAGACCAGACUUGGAACAAAACUCAGAGAAAGCCGAGAACGUGAAAAUAGUGACUGAGACCAGGGACACACGCUCCCCUAAAGAGAAAAAUGAACAGGAGAAUGCUGAAUCGACAACCAAAAAGUCGCUUUCCUUCAAGCUCGCCUUCAUAGGGCUCGCAGCGAGUCUUUUCGUAUUCCAGUUGGAUGCAACAUGUCUAGGCAUCGCCCUCCCAACCAUUGCUGGAGAACUGAAGGCCUCGAGUUUAGAGUCAUUUUGGGCAAAUUUGGCGUAUACUCUUUGUGGUCUGGUAAUGCAACCAGUCUGGGCCAGCAUUUCCAAUGGGUUCGGUCGGAAACCUCCUCUUUACGUAUCUAUGGGAUUAUUCUUCAUCGGUUCCAUCGUUUUUGCUACGGCGCAAAAUAUGAACACUAUCAUCAUUGGGCGAGUCCUCCAGGGUCUGGGUGGUGGAGGAAUUGACGUUUUGGCUGCAGUGAUUCUCGCAGAUAUGACAACACUGGAGGAACGCUCAAAAUAUCUGGGCUUGAUGGCCAUUCCUUCGGCUGUUGGUAAUAUCAUGGGUCCUAUCGUUGGGGCGCUUUUCGCUACGUAUGCCUCCUGGAGGUGGAUCGGAUGGAUCAACAUCCCAUUGCUUGGAAUAGGGACACCGAUGAUUAUCUUCUUCCUCAAACUUCGGCCUAUCCCACUCGAUGCUACGCUCGCUGGGAACUUAAAGCGCCUUGAUUGGAUCGGAAUGGCGCUUUUCAUCAUCGGAAUCUCGAUUUUUGUUAUUCCCCUGAGUUGGGCGGGCUCUUUAUACCCAUGGCCCUCUUGGCAGACUCUCUUUCCAAUGUUCUUGGGAGUUGUGGUGCUCGUCGCUCUCGGAUUCUACGAGGCAAAGCCUGCCAAUCCCAUUAUUCCGCACCGCAUUUUUCAUACAAAGACUGGAAAUAUCACUCUGGUAGGAGGCUUUCUCCACGGUAUGGUGCUAGUCUCCCUCUUGCAAUAUUUGCCCUUACUCUACCAAUCUGUCGAGCUCCAAAGCGCAAUAUCAUCCGCUGUCUCCCUGCUACCCACUACUAUCAUCAGCGUGUCAGUGGCAGCAGUUUCAAUGAUGAUGGUACCGUUCUUCGGGGGCUAUGUGUGGCUUCUACGACUUUCUUGGGUCAUCCUUACAUUAGGAUCAGGCUUACUGGUGCUCUUUGACACAGGGGCAUCAGCAGCUGUGUGUUAUGGGCUUCCUAUUCUGUGGGGUCAAGGUGUUGCACUACUACGUCUUAACAUUCUUCCUAUGCAAGCGAGCGUCAAGAAUGUUAAUGACACAGGCUUGGCCAUCGCGCAGUUUCAAACUACUCGCCUGUUUGGUGGCCUUGUCGGCCUCACUAUCUCUUCGUCCAUUUUCAACAAUGUGUUCUCGAAAUCUAUUACUCAUACUACAGUUCAGCUGACGGGGGCCCUAGCGCCGCUGAAAGAUGUCUCUAAUGCUGUGAGCUUCAUUGACUCGUUGAGAUCAAUACAAGUCUCUGCGUCAACGCUAGACCAGGUGUUAGGUGUCUAUCUGCAGUGUUUCCGUGCUAUAUUUUAUGUGAUGACCGGGCUAAGUGCAUUGGGCUUGGCGACUUCAAUCUUCCUGGAUGAGAUAAACCUUAGUGGCAGGGAGCUUGGGAACCAGCGCUUUGAAGACUAG